GGGAAGGAUGCGGAGGCUGCACCCAGCCCGGGCUUUGCAGGCGUGGGGAAGUUGCUGAAAUUAGGUGAAGGGUCGAAAUUGGCAGCUGGGAGGUGGUGAGUCCUUCUUGGGUUACUUACAUGACGGGCAAGUAUAAGGGGAAACUGGGCCACUAAGAAUUUUUCCUGUUUUGCAGCUCGCUGACAGCAGCAGGUGAAACGUGUCCUUGAAAGAUGUACAAUUUUACAUAAACAGCUGAUGUUUACAUAAGCCUAGAUAAGUUUGCAAAAAGCACAGACAGCAGGAGAUGCGGCGUGAGCUGAACUGGGCCGUCCUGCCGUUGGCCCCUCUCAUAACUGAUCUGUUGUCUUGUUGCAGUGCAAGAACAAGGUGAGCAGCUGCACCUCUAACCAAAGCAACCACCUGCGUUCCUCCUCUCCUCUGGGAUGGACAAUGGGAUGGUCUCUGGCUUUAUCAUGAUCAAAAACUUCUUCCUCUUCUGCAUUUCCAUGAGUUUAGCCAGCCACUUUGGCUUCUCGCAGACGCCAACAGCAUCAGGAAAAGAGGAUGCCAAUGAUAACAUCACUAUAUUCACCAGGAUCUUGGAUGGUCUGCUGGACGGCUACGACAAUCGGCUGCGCCCAGGACUGGGAGAGAGAAUCACUCAGGUGAAAACAGACAUCUACGUUACCAGUUUUGGUCCUGUCUCAGACACAGAAAUGGAAUACACAAUUGACGUGUUUUUCCGACAAAGCUGGAAAGAUGAAAGGCUGCGAUUCAAAGGCCCGAUGCAACGCCUGCCCCUCAACAACCUGCUCGCCAGCAAGAUUUGGACCCCAGACACUUUUUUCCACAAUGGCAAGAAAUCUAUUGCUCACAACAUGACCACCCCAAACAAACUGCUGCGCCUGGAGGAUGAUGGCACUCUGCUGUAUACCAUGAGAUUGACCAUCUCUGCUGAGUGUCCAAUGCAGCUUGAAGAUUUCCCCAUGGAUGCACAUGCUUGCCCAUUAAAAUUUGGAAGCUAUGCUUACCCCAAUUCUGAAGUGAUCUAUGUGUGGACUAACAGCACAACAACGUCUGUGGUGGUGGCCGAAGACGGCUCACGACUUAACCAGUACCAUUUGAUGGGACAGACUGUGGGAACUGAAAACAUCAGUACCAGUACAGGUGAAUAUACCAUUAUGACAGCCCAUUUUCAUCUGAAAAGAAAAAUUGGUUAUUUCGUCAUCCAGACGUACCUUCCUUGCAUUAUGACUGUAAUCUUAUCACAAGUGUCAUUUUGGCUAAACAGAGAAUCUGUCCCUGCUAGGACUGUCUUUGGAGUAACAACAGUCCUCACCAUGACCACCUUAAGUAUUAGUGCCCGUAACUCUUUGCCAAAAGUGGCCUACGCGACUGCAAUGGACUGGUUUAUAGCUGUCUGCUAUGCCUUUGUAUUUUCUGCAUUGAUUGAAUUUGCAACAGUCAACUAUUUUACCAAGAGGAGUUGGGCAUGGGAUGGCAAAAAAGCCCUGGAAGCUGCUAAAAUCAAGAAAAAAGAACGCCAGUUGCUGGGAAAUAAAUCAACUAAUACUUACAGCACUGGAAAGCUGACCCCUGCACCAAAUAUGCCAAAGGACUCAGCCCCAUCUGUCAUCUCAAACACUGCAUCUGCUCCAGUGAAGUCUGCAGAAGAAAAGCCUGCUGAAAGCAAAAAGACUUACAACAGCAUCAGUAAGAUUGACAAAAUGUCCCGGAUAAUUUUUCCGGUGCUGUUUGGAACUUUUAACUUAGUUUACUGGGCCACAUAUUUGAAUAGGGAGCCUGUUAUUAAAGGUGCCAGUUCUCCAAAAUAAACUGAAGGACUCUAAAGCCACAUGUGAGCCAUAUUCAAAAAGCAGAUGCUACCAAGGAAUAUUUGAGAUCCAGAUGACUUUCUACAUUUGGGCAAUAUUCUUCAGGAAGUUUUUUUGCAUGUUUAAUAAUAUGUACAAAUAAUAUUGCCUUGAUUGUUUCUACAUGUAAACUCAGAUGUUUCGGAGACUUACAGCAACAGAUCUUUCUAAAA